GGCGGGACGUUCCUUACGGAAGUGACGACACCGGUCGCCAUGGUGGUCGGCGCCUUCCCCAUCGCCAAGCUGUUGAUGCUUGGGAUCCGCCAGGUCAGCCGGCCGCUAGCCAACUCCAUCAAGGCCAGCGCCCGGAGGAAUCCAUUCUUUAAGCGUUACAUCUGCUUGCCCCCGGCGCAGGUCUAUCACUGGAUUGAAAUGAAAACCAAGAUGAGGAUCAUGGGGUUCAGAAGUGGUCAGGUGCAACCCUUGAGCGAGGAGGUGGCAGCGGACCUGGGUGCUGAGCUCCUGGGAGAGGGGAUUGUGUUCUUUAUCGGAGGUGUCUGCAUCUUUGCCGAGUACAUGAGGCAGUCUGCCAACUCAGCGAGGAAAGAGGAGGAAUUGAACAGCACGCUGCAGAGCCUGCAGGAGCAGGUCGCCCAGCUCUCCCUGACCGUCGAGGAACUCGACGCCCGCAUCCGAGAAAACCAUCGCCUUGUCCACUCUCUGCCUCAGGCCUCGAAGUAGCACUCUGCUCCGAGUUUCGAGAGAGACCGUGAUGACUGGUUUUAAAAAAAAAAAAAAUCCGUUGACGGGGAUGAAAGUUAGCCCAAUUCAGACAGUUGCUUGGGUUUUAAAAAACUCUUCCAAGUGAGUCCUGCUAUGUUAGGAUGCGGGAGCAGAAGGGUUUGAGCACUGAAGACUAAUCACUUGCCUCCUGUAAAAAACCUCUGAUUUUUGACACAAGUGUGGAUGCUGUAAAUUCCUUUGUAUUGUUUGUACUCACAUAUUUGAAUUCAUGGCUGUAUAAACCAUUGUUUGUGCUGUCACUGUGGGUGUGCCUUGGGACCCCAUAACAGUUUGGCAAUCAUGUGAGUUUAAAUUUUGCUGCGUUGUGUUGAACCAUUCCCUGGGUUAAGACAGAGUUUCAUGCCAUGUAAGUUACUUUGCACUGGAGGACCCAGGAGUUGGAAGGAGCUAUAGUCUCGCAACACAGUGCCUUGCAGAAACUGCUUUUGAGAACCUGUGUCACCCUGACUUGCCUCGUUUGAGUAAAGCAAAUGUCUCUUUCACCCACAAUAGUGUCUACUGCUUGGAAAACACUACUGUGUUUGGUAAUUUUGGUCAAAAGGGUAUUUUUCAAUGUGCAACGUUGCCACAUUCGAGUUUAUAUUCCUGGCUGUAUUUUAGUUCUGUGCACACACUUAGAUGUGUUAAAAAAAUUUAAGACUGGUCAAUGACAGAGACACACAUCUUGCACCUUUAGGAUGAAUUGUCAUUUUUCUUUCUUGUAGCCUUUACCAGUACGCUAAACGUGUCCAGUAACAAGAAAACAAGUAAAAUUGUAAGGGGAUACCAAAUGCCAAUUUACAUAAAGGAAUGAUAACUUGCACUGACAAUGUGGCACCCCAACAGCUUUAUAGGGAGAGGACUUCUGAGCUUCUGAAUCCCACCUUCUGAUCUUGUAUUGCAGACUCUCCUUGCGUUACUGCCUGAGCUAGUGAUUUAUUUAAAAGUGAAAUAUGGAUCAUGUUUCUUCAUUUCUGGUGGAGUUAUAAACUUCACCAGUAAAGGGCUGGAUUUACUUUCCAUUCUGUUAACGGUAGCAUUUUUUUUGUCAGUGGGAAAGGAUUGAGGCUCCCUCCCUAUCCCUCUCUCCUGAACCCUUCCACAAUGUUAAUAUUUUGCUAAAGUGCAACUAUGUAUAACAUCAAGUUGAGUUGUGAAAAAAUCACUGGCAGGAUAGGCUAUCUGAAUCUGUGGAUUUAAUCCCAAGAGCAUCCUGAAGGGGUGACGGCUGAGUAAAUGUUGGGAGUCUGCCUGGGGUCAUGAAUUAAAGGUACAUUUAAACUUGUUUCUCAAAUUGGAAACAUGGUGAAGGGAGACUAUCGCCAUUUUGAAAUCGUCAGGUGAUGAAGACUAUGCUUGCUCUAUUACUACAUUUUCACAAUUACCAUGUUUGUAUUGAAAAUACACUUGAGUAUUAGGCAUUGGCUUCACUAAGAUAUUUUCAUAUCUAGAAUAAAUUUGUGGAGGCCAAAUUGUUACUUGUAAUAAUGCAUCUACACAAAUGGACUCCAGGGUUCCAGUUUCAUUAGCAUUGUAGUGGCUGGGAAUGGUAACACUAAAAUGGCCAGUUGUGCUUACCUCAAUUUCACACACAGCCCAACUGUGGCUCAGAGGAAAGCUCUCUUGCCUCUACAUCAGGCAGAUGUGAGCUCCAGUCCCAAUUUAGACAGAUUGAAGCAUAAUAUAUUUGACUGAUUGGGACUCUGUUGGAGAUGCCACCUUUCAGUGGCAAACAACAGGGUUGUGAUUGUGGUGCCAACAGUAUGGGUUCAAUUCCCACACCAGCUGAAGUUACCAUGAAGGAUUCUCCUCAACCUCUCUCCUGACCUGAGCAGUCAUGACCCUUGAGUUGAACCACCACUAGUUCUCUCUUCGAUGUGAGUGCAUCCCUGUGGUCCAGUAGGAUAAUAUUACAACUACUUUUUUGUUUAAAAGCAAUAGGUACUUGAUUCUUACCAUUACCGUAUUGUAAUUUUCUCAGCUUCCCCGUCCGACCCCUUCAGUAAUCUCUGCUCAUUCCCCAAGAUUGCAAAAGAUAGGUGUGGAGUGUUAGUAGGACUGUGGAUACUGAGGUCUGUGAGUGUGUGGGGUCUCAGCACAGUGAUGUGAUCUAUGCUUUAAUGACUAACAUGCUCAUUUAUCUUCAAUAAAAGAUUUAUUUACAAAACAAUUGUAAAAUCAUAAAUAAAAUCUAUUGAUGACAGUG